AUGAACCAGACCAACCAAAUUUGGGUGACAGAAUUUUUCCUCGUGGGACUUUCUGAUGAUCCUCAGACUCAGCUAUUACUCUUUGUAUUAUUCAUGGGCAUCUACUUGGUUACUGUGUUUGGAAAUCUGCUCCUCUUCUCUCUGGUUAUGAUUGAUUCACAGCUCCAUACACCCAUGUAUUUUUUUCUCUGCAACUUGUCUCUUGCUGACCUAUUUUUUUCCACAAAUAUUGUCCCACAAGCUCUCGUCCAUAUGCUAUCUAAGAAAAAGGUCAUUUCUUUUAUGGGCUGUGCAGCUCAGCUUCUUCUUUUUCUCAUAUUUGGAUGUACACAGUGUGCACUGUUAUCUGUGAUGUCCUAUGACCGGUACUUGGCAAUCUGUGAUCCUAUGCACUAUCCUCUCAUCAUGACAUGGAAAGUAUGUAGUCAUUUGGCUUUGACAUGCUGGGCCAGUGGUAUUCUGGUAUCUCUGGUGGACACUACAUUCACAUUACAGCUCCCCUAUCAAGGAGACAAUAAGAUUGCUCAUUUCUUUUGUGAGGCCCCUGCCCUUCUGGUUUUGGCAUCUGCAGAUAUUCACAAAGCAGAGAUGGCCAUUUUCCUUAUGGGAGUGGUGAUUCUUCUUGCACCUGUGUCCCUGAUCCUGAUCUCUUAUGGUUCAAUAAUAGUGACUGUGGUUAGAAUGAAGACAACUUCAGGGAGACUCAAGGCGUUUUCUACCUGUGGCACCCACCUCCUUGUAGUCAUCCUUUUUUAUGGGUCAGCAAUUAUCACUUACAUGACACCAAAAUCUUCCAAGGAGCAGGUAAAGUUGGUGUCUGUGUUCUAUGCUGUGAUAAACCCUAUGCUCAACCCUCUUAUCUAUAGCCUGAGGAACAAAGAUGUGAAGAGAGCAUUCAGGAAUGUAGUCAAUGGAGUAAAACCCUUCAGGCCAUGA